CAACAUCCAGCAGCCACAAAGGGAUGCUCCUACUCAGAUGCCAUCUAAACAAGCUCUACCUCAGAAGGCUUUGUGGAUUCAUCCUGUGAUGGGGAAACUGCAAAGCAAACUCAAACACAGCACUUAUAAAUACAGGCCUGAUGGAAUUAUAGAAGAGAAGAUUCAAACUAAAGCUUUUCAAGAGUACAGUCCAGCUCACGUGAAUUCUGUCUCUGCUGUUGCUGCUCUGAAUUCAGAUCUUUGUGUCUCCGGAGGAAAAGAUAAGACAGUUGUGGCCUAUAAUUGGAAAACUGGAAAUGUGGUGAGAAGGUUCACAGGACACGAACGUGAAAUCACCAAGAUAGCCUGUGCUCAGAAAUCAAACCAAUUCUUCAGCGCCUCUCGUGACAGGAUGGUCUUGAUGUGGGACUUGUAUGGCUCCUCACAACCACAGCAGAAGUUCUCUGGCCAUGCCAUGGUGGUCACUGGAUUGGCUGUAAGUCCAGACUCGUCACAACUGUGUUCUGGCUCUCGGGACAAUACACUGCUUCUGUGGGAUAUAAGAACUGGACAGUGCAUGGAGAGAGCUUCAAUCUCCAGGAACUUGGUCACUCACCUAUGUUGGGUCCCCAGGGAACCAUACAUACUACAAGCAUCUGAAGAUAAAACCAUCAGAUUAUGGGACAGUCGAGGGCUACAGGUAGCUCAUGUAUUUCCUGCAAAGCAUCAUAUUCAGACCUACUGUGAGGUCAGUGAAGAUGGACAGAAGUGUAUUUCCUGCAGCAAUGGCUUUGGAGGAGAAGGCUGUGAAGCCACGUUGUGGGACCUGAGGCAAACACGGAACAGAAUAUGUGAAUAUAAGGGGCAUUUCCAGACCGUUGCAUCCUGUGUCUUUCUACCAAGAGUGUUGUCCUUGGUGCCUGCAAUUGCUACCUCAUCACAUGAUUGCAAGGUGAAGGUUUGGAGCCAAGAUAAUGGAGCUUGCCUUUUCACCUUGUCUCUUGAUGGAUCAGGACCUUUGACUUCCCUAGCUGUUGGUGAUAUCCUCUCCUUACUGUGUGCAAGUUUCAACAGAGGUAUUCACUUACUCAGAGUGGACCACAGCCAAGGGCUGGAGCUGCAGGAAGUGGCAACAUUCUGAGCCCAAGAGAUAUUCCUUAGACAAUAGCAAACUAUGGAUCCUCCUCAGCA